AUGUCGAAGAUGAAACUUGCAGUGCUCACGUCGGGCGGCGACAGUGCGGGGAUGAACGCGGUCGUGCGCGCGGUGGUCAAGGCCGCGAUCCUCAAGGGCUGCGAGACCUGGAUCGUGCGCGAGGGCUACGAGGGCCUCGUGCGCGGAAACAGCACGGAUGUACACAAGAGUGGUGAACCGCACAAGCACUCGCACAGUGUCAGUGUCACGAGCCCGCGGGUGAAGGCGUUCGAAGGCAGCGACGCGGAGAGCUUCGUCCACAAUCUGCGCUAUGGCGACGGUGAGCUCCUCCGGGACGGCACGGGCGACCAUCCCGGCGGCAGAACGCUCAAGGGACGCUACAUUGUGCGCGUCGGGUGGGAUGACGUCCGCGGAUGGUUUUCCGAAGGUGGCACGCUCAUCGGCACAGCUCGAUCCGCGACUUUUCGCACCCACGAAGGUCGUCUUGAUGCCGCCAAGAACAUGAUGAAGGAAGGGAUCGAUGCCCUCGUCGUUUGCGGUGGAGACGGCUCCCUGACCGGCGCGGACGUCUUUCGUGCGGAAUGGCCGUCGCUCGUCCAGGAGCUGAAGACGGAAGGGCGCAUCACCGAGGAGCAGGCCGUGAAGCACGCGCAUCUCAAGAUCGUUGGACUCGUCGGGUCCAUCGACAACGAUAUGUCCAUGACGGACCUCACCAUCGGCGCGCCCACUGCGCUCCAUCGUAUCUGCGAAUCCAUUGACAACAUCAACUCGACCGCGUACUCGCACUCCCGCGCGUUCGUGCUUGAGGUCAUGGGCAGGCACUGUGGUUGGCUUGCACUUAUGGCCGGUGUCAGCUGUGGUGCCGAUUUCAUCUUCAUCCCGGAGAGCCCUCCCGAUGCUGACAACUGGGCGGACGAAAUGUGCAAGAUGAUACAAAGCCAUCGAGAUGUCGGAAAACGCAAAACCAUCGUUAUCGUUGCUGAAGGUGCUUUGGACACCAAGCUCCAGCCCAUCCGUGCCGACCAAGUAAAGGACAUCCUCAGUGAGCGGCUCGGACUGGACACGAGGGUUACCACCCUUGGACAUACACAACGUGGUGGCCGUCCCUGUGCGAUGGAUCGAAUUCUCCCGACCCUGCAAGGCGUUGAAGCGGUGGAAGCGUUACUCGAGGCGACCCCCGACACGCCCUCGUACAUGAUAGGCGUACGAGAGAACAAGAUCACCCGAGUUCCUUUGAUGGAAGCAGUCAAAAUGACCCGGGAAGUCGCGCAAGCUAUCUCAGAGAAGGACUUCGAGAAGGCCAUGUCACUGCGAGACCCUGAGUUUGUGGAGAGUUUGGAGGGCUUCUACUCUACCGCAACUUUGGAGAGCGAACCCAAACUUCCGCACCAUCUCCGCAUGCGCGUCGCGAUCAUGCAUGUCGGCGCCCCCGCCGGUGGCAUGAACGCGGCCACCCGCGCCGCGGUGCGCUACUGCAUUCGCCAAGGCCAUAAGCCGUUUGCGAUCCACAACGGCUUCGUCGGCCUGCUCGACGACCUCGUGCACCAUCUCUCAUGGCUCGGAGUCGACAAUUGGAUGACACGCGGCGGGUCCGAGCUCGGCACAAAUCGUAAGCUGCCCGAUAUCGACCUCGGCGCGGUCGCUGCCAAGUUCCAACAAUACAACUUCCACGCGUUCAUCAUGAUUGGCGGCUUCGAGGCGUUCAACUCGCUCCGGAUCCUCGAGCAGGGCCGCAAGCACUACCCAUCGUUCAACAUCCCAAUGGUCCACCUCCCGGCGACGAUCUCAAACAACGUGCCGCUCACAGAGUUUUCGCUUGGGAGCGAUACGAGCUUGAACGCACUCGUCGACGCAUGCGACGCGAUCAAGCAGAGUGCGUCCGCGAGCCGGAACCGAGUGUUCGUUGUCGAAACCCAGGGUGGCAUGUGUGGGUACAUCGCGACUAUGGGCGCGCUUGCGACAGGCGCGUGCAUUGUGUAUACGCCUGAGCGCGGCAUCGAUCUGGACAUGCUGCGCAAUGACGUGAAGUUCUUGAAGCGGCGGUACGCGCUGGAUGCGAAGGGGAAAGCUGAAGGCCGUCUCGUGCUCAGGAACGAGGUUGCGUCCAACGUCUACACGACGGAGAUGAUCCAAAAGAUGUUCAAGGAAGAGGGUGGAUCGCUGUUCGACUCCCGCUCCGCCUCGCUCGGGCACACGUUACAGGGUGGCAUCCCGUCGCCAACGGAUCGCAUCCGUGCGGUCCGCCUGUCGCUCAAGUGCAUGGCGUUCAUGGAGGAGCACCACCAGGCAAUACAGAAACAGCAUACCCGCAGCAAGCAGGCGCCGCCCGAGAGCGCGGCCGUGAUCACGAUCCAGGGCACGUCGGUGACGUGGGUGCCGGUGACGGACAUGGUCGAGCAUGCGGACAUGAAGAACCGGCGGGGGACGCAUGCAUGGUGGGACCAGCACCAGGAGCUGGUCGAGGCGAUGGUGGCGCGGCCGCAGUUCCUGGCCAAAGGGGUCGGGAAGAAGGAGUGA